AGAAACCCAGCCGAGACCAUGAAGGAGGAGAAGGAGCACAGGCCGAAGGAGAAGCGAGUUACCCUGUUAACGCCCUCGGGGGCCACGAGCGGCGGCGGCGCGGCUUCGGGGGAAAUCGCCAAGGGAGACGACAAACAGGGCAACAAGGAGAAGAAAGAGGCGCUGAGCAAGGUGGUUAUUCGGAGAUUACCUCCCACUUUGACCAAGGAGCAGCUUAUGGAACAUCUUCAACCUAUGCCCGAGCAUGAUUAUUUUGAGUUCUUUUCUAAUGAUACUAGUCUGUAUCCUCAUAUGUAUUCCAGAGCAUACAUCAACUUUAAAAAUCAAGAGGACAUCCUUCUGUUCAGGGAUCGCUUUGAUGGUUAUGUAUUCCUGGACAAUAAAGGUCAAGAAUAUCCUGCUAUAGUAGAAUUUGCACCUUUUCAAAAAGCAGCAAAAAAGAAGAUUAAGAAAAGAGACACCAAAGUUGGAACUAUUGAUGAUGAUCCAGAGUAUAGGAAGUUUUUGGAAAGUUAUGCAGCAGAUAACGAGAAGAUGACCUCUACUCCAGAGACACUGUUAGAGGAGAUAGAAGCAAAAAAUAGAGAAUUAAUUGCUAAAAAGACAACCCCACUUUUGAGCUUCCUGAAAAACAAGCAGAGAAUGCGAGAAGAAAAAAGAGAAGAAAGAAGGAGGCGAGAAAUAGAACGAAAAAGACAAAGAGAAGAAGAGCGACGUAAGUGGAAAGAAGAAGAGAAACGAAAAAGGAAAGAUAUAGAAAGACUAAAGAAGAUAGACAAAAUUCCAGAAAGGGACAAAAUAAAGGAAGAACCAAAGAUUAAGGUACACAGGUUUCUGUUACAAGCUGUGAAUCAGAAAAAUCUGCUCAAGAAGCCAGAAAAGGGGGAAGAAAAAGAAUUGGACAAAAGAGAAAAGCCCAAGAAAUUAGACAAAGAAAACCUGAACGAUGAAAGAGCCAGUGCGCCAAGUUGUACCAUUACCAAGCGUCCCGAUAUGGAGCUGAAAGAUGAAAAGCCCAAGAGGGCUGAAGAUGAAAUUUGCAGAGACUACAGAGAGCGGGAGAGGGAUUAUGAGCGAGAACGAGAUCAAGAGCGGGCACUCCGUGAGCGAGAAAGACUGAAGAGGCAGGAAGAAGAACGCCGUAGGCAGAAGGAGCGCUAUGAGAAGGAGAAGGCUUUUAAAAGAAAGGAUGAAGAAAUGAGGAAGGAGAAGGAAGCAUUUCGUGAUAAAGGAAAAAAGAAUGAAAGUACAGAGACAUUAGGCAGCUCUGAAAAAACUGAGAAAAAAGAGGAAGUGGUUAAAAGAGACCGAAUAAGAAACAAGGACCGCCCAGCCAUGCAGCUGUACCAACCCGGCGCCCGGAGCCGAAAUCGCCUCUUCAUCCCUGAUGAUGGCACCAAACCUGCAGAGCCAGCAGUAGAAAAAAAGCAGGAAAGUGGUAUUAGCCAUAGAAAAGAAGGGGGAGACGAGUGAGAUGAGUCCUGAUGGCCUUCGGUGUCCUGACUGUGUGGGCCGUCAAAGAGCAGGAAUUAAGCUAUCCAGAAGUGCCUUCAGGGCAAAGGAAUAGAGAGAAAGGGGGUCGCUGUGCUGGUGGGGUACAUUGAAGAGGAGUAUGUUUUGCGUCAAAGCAAGAAUCCGAUUGCAGGUUCAGAUUUUUGAAGUACCAUUUUGUUGUUUAUGCUGUUUCUACAAAUCCAUUUCCAAGCCGUGGGCAAGGCGGAGGGGAGGUGCCAUGCUGGUGCACUUUGCAGGGAGGACUUCAUGGUGUCUGACCCAAGCGCAAGCCAGAGAACUGCACCUCAAACCCAAGGGUUCUGUUCGUCCAGAGCUGAGUAUUCUUAAGUUCGAGUGAAGCCGAGUCUGUGUGCAACCUUGUCCAGAUUUCAUCCUGUCAUGUUGCCGGUUGUGAAGUGUUGCAUUUGUGUAGUGUAGAAGCAACACGCUUGUGAUCGUGGUGCAAGGACGGUGGUGGGAUAGAAUCAAUCCGUUUUGAGUUACGUUACCACCUGCAUUCUCCUGCAAAAUGUUAGGAUCUGUGUGUGGUUGAAUUGUUUGUGUGAAUGUAGCAGAAAGACAUUUAUUUUGUAUCCUAUCAGCUUGUCGUUAGCAUUUUGUAAUACCUGUAGGUAAAAUCAAGUCCUUAUUUGAUUCUUGACAAUCUAGUCUUUCUUUUAUCUUAGGUCAAAUGAUCUGAGUGCACACCCUCUCCGAAGAAAACGUCACCAGUGUUUGUUCCCGUUAAAGUGCAGCUUCGAGCUUGUUUUGUAAUGAGUGUCAAUAAA